AACAUCAAAUUGUUUUCCUUAUCGUUUGAGAUUGAUGGCACGUACCUUGAUUUCUGUCUUUGCACUAGAGCAUGGGUCAAAUAUAAAAAUACAGAAGAGUCCACUCCUGAUUGAAACCUACACCACCACUAAGCCCAUCAUCAUUUUAACAUUUGAGCGAUGAAGUUCUCUGAAAUCAAAUCAAAGCUUGAGAUACCUCUUGAUCCUGGGUCAUACUCAGAUGGAUAUCUCUAUUCAAACAAAGAUCUGGACCCUGUUCCGCAGUGGUCUGAUGAGAGAAAGUGGGAAUGGUUUAGCAACUUGGGGUUCUGGAUCGCGGAAGCAAUGUCGAUUUCCAUGUACCAAGUUGCAUCCUCUUCCAUCUCUGCAGGUCUUUCACCGGGCUUAGCCAUAUUGGCCAUCAUUAUUGGUCACAUAAUUGUUUCGAUCCCUGCUAUGCUCAACGCUACGUUGGGAGCCAAGUAUGGCCUGGGGUUCCCAAUUCUGAUGCGCGCCUCUGCUGGUGCUGGUAACAGAUUCUCUGGUGCACAUGUCAUGGUGUUCAUCAGAGGUAUGGUUUGUGUCCUGUGGACUGGUACUCAGACUCUUCUUCUUGGUCAAUGUAUCCAAUCUAUGAUUUCUGCUAUUUGGCCAUCUUUCAAUCAUUUUAAGAACCAUUUACCAGAAUCUGCAGAGAUCACAAGCGCUGGGCUCUUGUGCUUCUUCCUGGGUAUCAUUGUUCAAAUACCUGCUCUUUAUCUAACAGUUAACCAAUUGCGUUUUCUGUUUACCAUAAAGAUCAUUGCUGGUAUCUGCUUCUCUAUUGUGCUCUUUGCAUGGGCUGUCCAUGGGGCAAAAGGGUUCGGCCCAAUUUUCAACCAAGGAACUGACAUCAAAGAUGGAACACCAGUAGCCGUUGUGUUCUUUAGGUGUAUGAUUUCAGCUAUUGGUCCAAAGGCAACGCUAGCUUUAAACAUCUCUGAUUUUACAAGAUAUUCGAAGAAACCAAGACAAGUGUGGUGGCCGCAGUUUGUUGGUCUUGUUAUUUUGGUAACCAUCUGUGGUUUGAUCGGCAUAAUUGUCACCUCAGCUACAAAGGUGAUCUAUGGGGUCCAAACAUGGAAUCCUUUACAAGUUGAAGUGCUUUGGGAUAACAGAGCUGCGCAGUUCUUUGCAUCUUUGAUGUGGGCAUUUUCCACCAUGAUGACUAACAUAUCUGCCAAUACGGUGUCGUUUUCCUACGAUUUGUCGUUGUGGUUUCCACGUUGGAUAAAUCCAAGACGUGGUGCCUAUGUGUGUUUAAUCUUGGGUAUUGUGUGUUGUCCUUGGUACAUUCAAAACUCAGCCACGUCUUUUUCGUCUUUCCUUGGUGGUUAUAGUCUUUUCCUUGCACCAAUUGCAGGAUGUAUGUGUACAGACUAUUGGAUUGUCAGAAAGAGAAAGAUCAACGUUCCAGGCCUCUACAGGAUUGAUGGACCAUACAGAUUUUUCCAUGGAUUCAACAUCCCAUUCUUUAUUUCUUUUAUCUUUGGAAUCUUGCCAAACUUGCCAGGUUUAGCUUGGGUUUGUGGAAACACAAGCGUGCCAAAGGGAGCUAUCUAUCUCUAUUCCAUCUCGUACGUCACUGGUAUUGUGAUUUCAUCUGUAUCUUAUUAUUUGAUCUGUACUUACAUUCCAAAGAUUUGGAUGGCUGAUCUGGACAACUUUGAAGAAGACCCUGGUAACACAUUGUACAAGCCUGACAUUGUUCUUGAGGGCCUUGGCCAAGAAGUUGCAUCAUCUGGGUCUUCAAUUUCAAAGGAGAAAAAUAUGAUCCGCACCAACGCUGUUCUUAUUGAGGACUAA